UCAUCAGAGACGGGCGUGUGGAGCGUGCCAGUGUGUCUUGACAAGAGCUGUGAAGUCUUUACCCAGCAUAUGCGAGAGGGGCUUGCAGAUAGGCCAUACUACACGCCCUAUCUCCAGCCUAGGCGAGGCACCCUUGUUCGAGAUGCAGUCUACUUCACAGUUCGGUGGGGUAAUCCAAUCGUCAAGUAUGACUUGGGCAAGAAUUGCUUAUCCAUGAUUGACCCACCGGCAGAGGACGUGUACUACGUUUCUCUCAUGGUGACGGAGAACAGUUCACUGGGCUUUACCUGCACUCGGGAUUCCAGCCUUUAUAUGUGGUCAAGGAAGGUGGAUACAGAAGAAGCUGCUGACUGGGUACAAUGCAGGGUCAUUGAGCUGGAGAAAACAAUUCCUGUUGCCAAUCCUGAUGACAAACCAGUUGUGGUCGGCUUUGCGGAGGGUGUGGGUGUCAUCUUCAUCAGCACAUGUGUUGGCUUAUUUAUGAUCAAGCUCAAGUCAGGGUUGGUCAGGAACGUUGGCGAGGCCGGAGUCUACUUUAGCGUCCUACCUUACAUGAGCUUCUACACUCCAGAUCGUGGCAGAAUGUUGUCGCUGGCAAGGACUAACUGAUCGCCGAUGCGCCGCACAGCAGUGGUACAAUGCAUAAUGGACAAAUCCAUCUUCUGGAGUGUGCUGCUGUUGCCUUUUUUUUGGAGCUACUACUAUCAAGUUGGUCUGCUUUCGUUAGCGGUAACUAAGCAUGGCGAUUGCAAGUUUGGUUGUUGUUGUUCAAUUCAUCCUUAUCAUGUGGCCGGUCAGAGACCAGAGACUUGCGUUUCAGUUUCGUAUGUUGCCUUCUUAUCUGUUGAGCAGUUUUAAGCAGGAGCGGUGCAAGUCAUCAUGUUUAUGUGUUUGUGCUGCGAAUUGUCCUGCUUACAUUGAGCACAAACCGUACUUGUUGGAUAUGUCGGGCUGACAUAUUUGAGUUACUGUUUGGUUAAAUGCUUGAGUCAGCCACAUGAAACUAAACUUAUGUGGGCCUCUAAUUUCUGGAAAAAAAAAGGAAGUGUCAUUCAA